GGAUACUGUGCCCAUCUCUGAUUAGCCUUAGCUAACCAGUGCUAGCUGUGUGCUCCGAGCCUGUCACUGAGAGAUACCUAGCUUGCUCUGCAGUAUGCAGCUCCAGCCAUGGAUCAGAUAGUUCAGGGAGGAGGAAUCCUCCUUCCCCAGUGUGGCUGGCUCAAAAAGCCUUGUGACACUGUAGAGCCUUUCAGCAGGCUGUUGACUUAGCCAGCUGUUUCCAGUACCUGCAAAACAGGGAUGGCAGAAUGUCCAGUGGGUGCUUUGCUUGCAAAGUCAGUCACUCUUGUGAGAUGGCUCUGAGAGCCUUAGAAUGACCAUUCACUAAAAGACAAAAAAGGGCUUUAUCAGGACAUGCUUCCUUUCCGCAACGAGGACAGAGCCAGGCAGAGUGAACAUUAUCAUUUAUUUUAACCACAGGGUAACGUAUUACUGAGUGUCAUUCUACUCCGCAUGCUCUCUUAAUACUGAUUAGGCCAAUAGCUUGAGCAAAUAAGCUGGAAGUUCCUAUGGUUCAUUCUUUGGGAAAGGUCAUUCACCUCAUGUAAAUGGACCCACUAAAGAGGUGUGUUUUUUUUUCCAGGGGCUGGAGUGAACCUCACCUGUUGGACUGGCCUUCAGACAUGACUCAGGAGCAGAAUGAAUCACAGCUCGUAGUGUACCAAGAGUAGGAGGAAAGGCAACCUUGUCACCGUGGUGAGGCACUAAAGACUGCUUGGAGGAGACAUCUUCAGACAGCAGGGCUUAAAGAAGAAAUGUAGCUUCCUCUCUGCUGGAACAGCGUGUUUCUGCCAGCGCAGAGCAGGACAUGGAUGUCCCCACAGCCCUUGCCAGCACAGGCGUGUAUGAUCACACAGCAGAUGUAACCCUUGUGCUCGGUAUAGGUCAAGAGGAGCUGGAGGAGCUGCUCUGGUUCUUCCGCACAGAAGACUCAUCAACAUGGAAUUACUCCGUCCUUGCACUUUCCUUUGUGGCCAUGAUUUUGGGCCUUGUCCUUCUGGCCCUUAAUGUUACACGGAACAGGAAAAGGAAGAGCCACAUGUGCAGCACAGCAGGGCAGACAGCUCAGCAGGCGGAGCUGGAAGCCAAGCAAGCCCUGGUCCCUGUGGAGGAAUGCAGCCCGACUGAGCUGCGGAAGGAGGAUCCAGUGCCCCAGGAUCAGAGAUCAGGAGAAGUCGUGGUGCAGUGGAAGGAUGGGACCGUCACGUCUCUGUACACAGAGAAGUCUGAAGACACUCUGUAACAGCAGCUUUAGUCCAACCAUUCAGGCCCUAAGGAACGUAUCAGAAUGUCUUGAUUCAUAGUGAUGGGAGUUUAAAACCACAGUUUAGCCUGCAAAAACAAACGAGAAUAAAAAGCAGCAGCAGAGCUGCACCCCACAAGUGGCUCUGGACUUGCAAACCUGGGCCUCCCCGGUUCAGCUCCCGGCUGGCUGGUCUUUACCUGCUGCUCUCAGUGCCUCCAGCCUUCUCUACUGCACACUGCCUUCAUCCCCUGUUGCACCCAGGCUGGAGCUGAGCCGGGACAAAGGGCCGGAGGUGUGGGAAUACACCGUCAGCCAGGGAACACGCUGUCCUGUCCCAUCAGGAAAACGCCACACGGACACGGAGGCACUUCUGUUCUUUUCAGAAAUAAUCUUUAUUAAAAUACUUUCCAAAGU